AUGCCCAGACGACAGCCAUGUGUGAAGCUUCACCCCCAGCCUGAGUGCCGCCACAGGCCCCCUGUCCCCUCAAGGCCCGUCUGCUGCAGCGGAAAUGUGCCUGGUCUGCAGGCUAUGAGGGGACAGGGGAAGGAGGCAGGGGAAGCUGGCACAGCCCAGAGGACGGAGAUGAGCCAAUUGCCCAGCCUUGCCUCCGAGACCAAAGCCACAGUGCGCCUCUCCUCACCCCACCUCCUGCAGUGGAGCAGGACUCCUUGCCUGGAGGGUUGUGGGGAGGGGCUUGUUAUCUCUAGCUUCAGUGAAUGUCAGUCCCUCCAAGGAAGCAGCUCUCCUGAUAUGCUUAGCUUGCAGUUUUGGCUUCAGACAAGCGCUUACCCUCCCACCCAUGCUGGGAUUUCCUGCCAGGGCAGUGGGCAGAUGGUUGGUAGGGUUGGGCCCCCUUAA